AUGGACCAUCGAAUAGGCAUCUGGUAUGCACAAGCCACUUCCUCGAGCCCAUCGCGCAAAUGGAGGGUACACUCAACGUGCACCAUCAACGAAGGUGUCGUCACCACUCUCGACAUUGUCAACGGUCAGCUUCUCGUGGGCAGCUCUACCAGCCUUUCACUCUGGAGGCUAGACUCUUUCGACAUUCCAAUAUGGCGACGUUUCUGGACCAAAUCCGUCCCUGCUGCUAUCAGCAUCGCCAAGUUCUCCCCUGACGCCACCAGCAUCGCAGCCGUUGCGCACGAGGGUCAAUACGUUCUCCUGUUCCAAUACCAGCCCAGAGCCUCAAGACCGCCCAUCUUGCAGCAGCGUCUCUACCAUGCGCGGCCUGUCACAGAUCUGGUCUGGAGGCAACCACCCGAACAGACUAGUCAGGCCGACGUGCUGGUCACCUAUGCUUCCGACGGUGUAGCCAGGCUCUGGGCUCCUGUCAUCGAUGAACCCACUCAGCUUCGACUCUGGUGCAGCGUCCAAGCUCCUAUCUCCAUCGCUUCUGCCGACAUUCCAACGACCUUCUACCUGGACCCACAUACUGUAUGUGCUGCAUUGCGCGCAAACAUGAGAGCUUUGCAAAGGGAGAUUCAGAUGGCCGAGCUAGGUGUUGGGUCCUCCACCGGCCUAGAUGCGCACACGCUCGAGCUCGACAUGGACCUCAAGCGAACCAGGCUACGCAGAUUGGAGCAGUUGGUCACUGAAACACCAGACAUGUUCAUCUCUUUCGAGCAAGAUGGCUUCCUCAGCGUGACUGCUGUUGCCAAUGUCGAUCGUCGGCCGCCCACGCUUUUGCAAGCAUUGACUGUGCUGCGCAUUCCUUUUGCGCUGCCAUACAACAUCGACACCAUCAGCAGCGUCAAAGCCCUCCCGCUCCACGCUGCACCAGAUGCAUUAAGUACUGUGCCAACGCUGACCCUGCACGUUCAGCACAAUGACGGCGUCUCCAUGGCUUGUGCUAUCAACCCGGCAACCUUCUUCGACGGCAGGGGCUUGGGCAUUGAGCAGGAUGUUUGCCAUCCGUGCGGACCGUCGCCUACUUCCGACACCUCGGCCGCGAGCGUGCGCAGGCAUACCGGUCGGAUCGAGUGCUUGCAAAGAUCAGGGAAUGGCAGACUUCUGCUUCGUUGGUCGGCAGCCGCGACUUACCGGGAAACCUCCGACGGCACGCCACGGCUGGUGCGCUGCAACAAGGACGGUCUCGUCGCGAUCGUGUAUAGUCACAGCCAGCAGAAGCAAACCUUGGUCGUGUUUGAUUCCCGAACGACUUCCUUCAGUUCAGGCGUGGAGCACAGGCAAGAUUUCGAAGCGGAGGAUCCGAUUGUUGCAUUGGAUUGGUCGCCGUCUCCUCUGUCGUCCUAUACACUGGCCAUCGUCUUUCGCCAUUUCGUCGACAUCAUCGCUCCCGGCAGGUCUUCUCAGGAAGCACAAGCGACCCCUCAGUGGCAGCUUUUGGUUCGACUCGACCUCCGCACCUGCACCCCGAGCAGGAUCGGCGCCGCCUGCUGGCUCAGCUCAGAGCAAUUUGUCAUCGCUUCCGGUGCUGUGCUCUUCGUGUACGGACCGUGGGUCCAGACCGCCUGGAAAGAUGAGACCGAGGCAAAGAAGACGCACCUCGCUGAACUCAUCGCCGAGGUCGGAGGGCCUGUGGUCCAGUACCAUCCGACUUUCUUGCUCCAAUGUGCGGUCUGGGGCAAGGUGGCGUUGGCGAGAGCCAUCAUCGGCAACUUGGAGAAGGCCGUCCUUGCUUGCAGCGCACAAGAAGUCACAAACACGUGGGUGUUUGAGGACGUACCUCUCGACAUUGUUCUUCAAGAUCAUUCGACAGCAGGCAACGAGGCCGUUGGAACCGCGCCACCCUCAAAGCAGAGCUUGCAGGGAAGUAUCUUUGACGAGCCUGGUCAAUCGGACACUGCAGACGAUGCAGACCUCUUCGCGAACGACAGAAUCGACAACCUGGCUCGGCGGCUCCAGGCCAUCCAUCCUCCUCACCUUUCACAGCCAGAUCUUGUGGUACUCGUCAGCCUUAUCAAAACCAUCGGCGAGGCUAGUCAGGAACAUCGAAGCUUGGAUGCAUCGGGUCUGCGGUAUACGCUGGCUCUGCGCCAGAUGCUCAACGGCGCCACGCAAUCGACGCAAGCAGACGCAGCUUCGAGUACUGCACUCGGCUUUCGCGACUAUUUGUGGGCCUUCCAUAGCCAGAACCAGGAAACGCUGGUCGCUGCUGUCGAGUCGGCCCACAGGAACAAGCUCGACUGGCCUGCAGCAAAGGCGACAGGCGUUUUCAUCUGGCUCCAGAACCGGACUGCGCUACGCACGCAAGCGGAAGCAGUGGCACGAGCCCAAUUCAUGUCUGGCGAAGAUCGUGAUCCUGUCAAGUGCUCCUUGAUCUACUUCGCGCUCGGCAAGCGCAAGGUAGUGCAGGGUCUUUGGCGCCAAGCAGUCUGGCAUCCUGAGCAGAAGAAGAUGCUGCAGUUUCUGUCGAAAGACUUCGACCAGGAGCGCUGGAGAACAGCAGCCCAGAAGAACGCCUUUGCACUCCUGAGCCAACGACGCUACGAAUUCGCUGCGUCCUUCUUCAUGUUGGGCGACAGCUUGCGCGACGCCGUCAAUGUUUGCGUUCGAAAUUUGGACGAUCUUCCGCUCGCCAUUGCCCUAGCAAGGAUUCAGGAGGGCUCCGACGAUGGACCCGUCUUCACAGACUUGCUCAAGACUCGGGUGCUCCCGCUUGCUUUUGAGACAGGCGAUCGUUGGAUGGGCAGCUGGGCCUUCUGGAUGCUCAAGCGCCGAGAUCUUGCCUUGCGCAUCAUCGUCACUCCGCUGCGAGACAUGCUUGCCGACGAAAGCAUUGCCAGCUUGGUCGGCACCAGCGUCACGUGUGGCAACGACAGCAACAACGACCCUGGACUGGCCCUGUUGUUCCAGCAGCUUCGGACCAAGUCGCUCCAGACCAUCAAGGGCCUCUACGAUAUCCCGGAGAAGAAGGUCUUUGACUUUAUUCUCAACACCAACCGGGCUCUGUGCCGCAUGGGUUGCCAUUCGAUCGGGCUCAGCUUGCUGCGCAACUGGCAAUUCGAGCCACCAUCGGUGUCGAGCGCUUCAACUCUCUUCCAUCGCGUGUCCAAACACGACCUGGAAACGCUCUCGCGUGUAGAAGAGGCAGGCAUCGCAGAGAGUACUGACCCGUUCGGCGAGAUGCGUCUCACAGAUCAGGGCGCACCACGUGCCAAAGAGGAUGCGGCGCCAACCAGCCCUACUCGCCAUCGCCGUCGCAUGUCUCAAAGCGCCAUGUCGCCUCCCAGCAGCCCAACAAGGAUCCUACGACGUAGCAGCUUGCUCCGACGCAGGUCGAGCAUCAUCAAUGACCUCGACAUUGGCGCGGCAGUGACUUCGGCUGCGAAGGAUAAGACGGAGAACGCGCGCGCCCGAGAGUCUCAAUCGAAGGACUCAGGAAAGCAGUCAGAAGCAGAAGCGAAUUCAACGAACCUUACCGCAGAGCCUGACAGCCUUGCAGGGGCGAACGGACGCGAGACCGGGAGCACCACGAAGGAGGAGGAAGCGCCUGCGCCAAAGAAGCAGGGCAUCAGCGUGUUCAAGACUGCCGCCGCCAGCAACAGCCAACAGGGAGCCCAAGAAUUCGACUUCGGCAGUUUCGGCUUUUGA